CGAGUGUUUAUAUGUCUUAUAAAUAUAAAAACAAAUAUAAAAUUUAAUUAACACUUCAAUAUUCAAUACUGUGAUAGUGUGUCAGCCCCGCACACAAGCACCUGGUAUAUCAUGGAGUUAGCUAGGUGCAAUUUAUUGUUAUGUUUGUGCCUGUGCGUUUUUGUUAUGUUAUUUAUUGCGGUUGAUUGUGCCGGUGAUAAACCUAAAGGGAGGUCUAAAAAGCAGCCUGCUCAUUUGAGGCAAGCGUCCACCAAAAAUAGUACGACAUUAGCGUCGAAAUGUAGUAAAGAGUCGUAUCGGGAAAUGGAUGUUAUGGUGGCCCGGAUGACCAGUCCUGAUGACAGGUUUCCCGAGACUAUUAAGGAGCUCCAGGCUAGAUGUCAGAACCGGACGGGACUGUUAGCCAAAGUGGAGGACCUAAAGAACCGGUGUAUGGAAGGGCUGGUGAAACGGGUGGUGGCAGUGGUGUUGUACUCCAUGAAAAGGCAACGAAAGACU